AAUAUGUGUUUUGUUGUGCAGCGUAGAGUUAAAGUUAAAGUUAUUUUAACUUCGAAUCCAAACAUGGCCGUUUAUGCUCGGAGUCGGAGAUGAGCGCAGGCAGAGCUGAGGAACAGACAGCAGAUCAAGGAUUUGAAUCGCCAACUUCGACUCGAUCUUUCAUAGACAUCUCAUGGCAUCGACCAGCAAGAUGAAGUCCGUCGUAGGCGAUGAAGCUCUUGAAGACGAAGAACUCGAGCGGUUCAACGAUUUCACUCUUGCUUCUUCAUGGGAGAGAUUUAUAUCAGACAUAGAGGCAGUUUGUCGUCAGUGGAUGGCUGAUGGUCCCAAGAAUCUCUUGGAAAAGGGUGCCAUUGGCUUAGGUUCAUCCAAAAAUUUGUACAAAGUCAAGUCUGAGCUGAAGUACGCAAUGAAAAGCUAUAUCACGGAGUACUUUUUUGAGACCAACAACAAUGGCAAAAUGGCUGACUGGAAUGAUACUCUGCAUGAUGUGCAGCUUUGUUUUGGCGUAAAAGAUUUUCUGGUCAUUGCUCCCCAAAGUGCUAGUGGUGUGAUUCUGGAUACCCCGGAGUCUAGCAAGCUAUUAAGUGCUGUUGCAAUUGCUCUAUCAAAUUGUUCCAGCAUGUGGCCCGCAUUCGUUCCAGUCCAUGAUCCUUCUAGGAAGGCAUAUAUUGGCAUUCAAAAUAUGGGGACAGUUUUCACUCGAAGAUUUGAAGCAGAUCAUAUCAGUAGCCAGGUUCCGGUGAAGCUCAUGCAUUUGGAAGGACUAUAUGAGCUUUUUGUCUCUAAAUUUGCCUACAGCACGAUGGACCCCUCUGCGCAUGCUUUUCAAGUCCGUUUUAAGCUGAAACUUACCUAUGAAACCCUGGCGCAUGAUGAUGAUGAUUCUACUCAACAAAUUGAGGAUGAAGUUUCAGAAUCUGUGGAAAGUCCUCUAGCUGAAAACCAUACCAGAUCACAAUGGGAUGAUGAUUGCCCUUGGAGUGAGUGGUAUUCAGCAGAAGACCCAGUUAAAGGGUUUGAAUUGAUUGCCAUAUGGACCGAGGCAAUUGUUGAGAGCUCUCUAGAAAUGGCAGAAUUGGAGAAUGCCUCGCCUCACGAUGCCGAAAAUUGGAUAAUAUCUCCUAGAGUAUCAAGGACAGUGGGGAGCAACAUUGGAUUCGCCUCACAAUUGUGUCUUCUGGUUGAUGCAUUAGAUAUGUCUUUUGAGGCUCAAUUUUUGGAAGAUUUUGUGUCAGUAGAAAAGUCUAGUACUGAUGCUUUGAAGUCCUCCAUGGUCAUUCCUCCACCAACAGUGGUUGAUCGUGUGCUUAAAGAACUUUUCCAGGAAGGAGUUAAACUUCCUGAUCUUGGCAAGGCCGAGAACAAGAACUCUCGAAUUAUUAAAGGCGCACCCCUUGGAUCUCUUUUCACAGAGUUCUGUUUAAAUGUGCUCUGGAUUGGCAAUUGUAACAUCCGUGCUAUUGCUUUGCUCUGGAUAGAAUUCGUCAGGGAAGUCCGUUGGUGCUGGGAGGAGUCCCAGCCUCUGCCUCGAAUGCCUGACAGUGGUUCAAUAGACUUGUCCACAUGUUUAAUUAAUCAGAAAUUACAGAUGCUUGCUAUAUGCAUUGAUAAGAAGCAACAAGCCAGUGAAGAAUUUCUAGAUUGUAUUAGCAGUGCAGAUACUGCUUCUGCCCAUAUGGAGGAAGAUGAUCAGUUUACAGUGGAAUCCUCCAACGUGUGGCAACCUGUUGAUAACUCUGACAAUAAUUGUGAAAGCUCGUCAACACGAAGUAAUUUGCAUGAUCAUGAAAGAAGUCCACCGAAAAUUGAGGCAAAGGAUGUUUCAUCGUCAGCUGGUCCCAAAUCUUCAGAUGUCGUUAGAAGAGGCUCUGCUGGUGAAGUGGGAUCAGUGAUGCUUCUGAAGUUGCGUCAAAGCCUGCAUGCACCUUACACACAGGAAGCGCUGCUUAUGACAGAAGAUAUGCAUGAAGAACGGCUUCGUGCAGUUCAUGCUCUUGGAGAUUCAUUCAAUUUUUCAGCUCAGCUAGAAAAAGAGGUCCUAUAUUCAGACAUGUCUGCAUUCAAAGCAGCAAAUCCAGAUGCUGUCUUUGAAGAUUUCAUACGGUGGCAUUCGCCUGGAGAUUGGGAAAGCGACGAGCCCAAGGAAGUUGGAUCAUCUUCAGGUCUUCCAUCUGUUGGCCCAAAAGUUGCCUGGCCUCCGCGAGGGCGGCUGUCACAGAGAAUGUCUGAGCAUGGAAACAUGUGGCGAAAGAUUUGGAAUGAUGCGCCUUCUCUACCAGUAUCUGAGCAGAAGCCUCUGCUGGAUCCAAACAGAGAAGGAGAAAAGAUCCUCCAUUACUUGGAAACAAUAAGGCCGCAUCAGUUGCUUGAACAAAUGGUCUGCACAUCUUUUAGAGCAGCAGCUGACACCAUAAAUCAGACCAACUAUGGAAGAUUGAAGCCAAUGGAAACGAGAAUGGAUCAACUCUACCUUACAAUGGCAUCUACCUUGAGGCGUUUGCAAGCGAAUCUCGUCUCUGCUGGCAGUGAGACAAUUGAGGACCUAAGGCGUUUGAUCGUCAUUUUCGGACGUGUUGAGAAGUUAAUGACUGUUGCAGCUUCUCUUCAUCGGAAAUUCCUGCAAGCACCAUCUCUAGCUGAAACUAUUUUCAUUGACUACUAUAAAUUUCACUCCAAGAAAAUGGGGACCAGCCGUACGGGAGAAGAUGAUGAAAUGGAAUUUGACAUGAAGCUACAAUUAAGGAGUCAUGAGCGGCAGGUGAUAUCGAACAUGUUCACUCCUCCUAGCGCUAAUCAAUCAUGGAGGAAAGUCCUGAGCAUGGGCAAUCUUCUCAAUGGCCAUGAGCCGACUGUACGGGAAGUCAUGUUUUCCAAGCGAGACAGGUCAAGUGGCAAUCACUAUGCAGCCCGGACUCCAAGAGAUUAUCGGGAAGAAGAGAUAGAGACGUAUCGAAUGUAUAUUUGUGGGACCUCGAAUGAUCUUCGGGUGGCACUCUCCGUUGCCUCCUAUGACUGAUUAGUCCCAUCCAAUAGUUCAGUAACAUUCUCGACUGUUGGUCGACUUAAAUUAGCAUUUCGCAAACUCAAGCAGUCAAAGUACUGACAAACUUUGUAAUUAUAUUCUUUGGGUAGUUUCUUUUCUCUGUAGACCUCAA